UGUUCCGCAGUUUGCAGCUCUCCUCAGCCGCCGCUGUUUUCAGUCGGCAGCCAAGGCAGAGCUCCCAGUGUCCCCGGAGCUGGAGCGCAGGCGAGCCAAGCCACUGGCUGCCCGUCUAGGGGAGGAAUCGGACGCCCGGCUCUGCUCGGCCGACCCAAUCCGGCUGGAAAGAGGUCCGCGGAGGGCUCGUGCACUCGGCAGCCCCUGCAUGGAGGAGUCGGCCGCUUCUCCCCGGAGCCCCGAGGCGUAGCGCCCUCCUCCUUCGCCGCCUGCAAUCCCACACCGAAGUUUGGGAGGCGCUCAGGAAAGUUUGAGCGCCGCGCUUUACGCACGGCGGUGGCCACCGUGCCCACCAGGGUGCUCCAGAAGUCGCCCUCCGCAUCAUGGCGAGCAGGCCGGCAGAGCUCGAAGAGGCCGCCCGGCCGGCUCGCCGCUCCUCUGGCGGCUCGGCUCCCCCCUUGCGAAGGGGCAGCGUUGGCCAGCGGCCCCUCUGGGUUGUCUACAUGGCGCUUUUCUGGAGGCUUAGCGCCGCCGAUUCGGAGUUUUCCAUUUUGGACGAGGCGCAAGUUUUAGCCACUCAGAUGAGGAAACUGGCCACGGAGGAGCUGGGGGUUGUCACCAUGCAGCGGAUAUUCAACUCCUUUGUGUACACGGAAAAAAUUUCAAAUGGAGAAAGUGAAGUUCAACAGCUGGCAAAAAAGAUCCGGGAAAAAUUUAACCGGUACUUGGAUGUGGUAAAUCGGAACAAGCAUGUAGUGGAAGCUUCAUACACUGCUCACCUGACAUCACCUCUGACUGCAAUUCAAGACUGCUGCACCAUUCCACCGUCUAUGAUGGAGUUUGAUGGAAACUUUAACACUAAUGUGUCUAGAACGAUCAGCUGCGAUAGACUGUCUACCACUGUGAAUAGCAGAGCAUUCAAUCCCGGCCGUGACUUAAACUCUGUACUUGCUGACAAUCUGAAGUCCAACCCAGGAAUUAAAUGGCAGUACUUUAGUUCAGAAGAAGGCAUUUUUACUGUGUUUCCAGCUCACAAAUUUCGAUGUAAGGGCAAUUACGAGCACCGCAGCAGGCCUGUCUACGUCUCUACAGUUAGACCUCAGUCUAAACACAUAGUUGUCAUUGUGGACCACGGGGCUUCCGUUACAGAGACACAACUCCAAAUUGCUAAGGAUGCAUCCCAAGUUAUUCUCAAUUCAAUAGAUGAACAUGAUAAAAUCUCCGUGUUAACCGUGGCAGACACAGUGAGAACCUGUUCCUUGGAUCAGUGCUAUAAGACAUUUCUGUCUCCUGCCACCAGCGAGACAAAAAGGAAAAUGUCCACCUUCGUUAGCAAUAUAAAGUCAUCUGACAGCCCUACCCAGCAUGCGGCAGGAUUUCAAAAAGCGUUUCAGCUGAUACGAAAUACAAACAAUAGCACAAAACUCCAAGCAAAUACAGAUAUGGUCAUAAUUUACUUGUCGGCUGGAAUAACGUCUAGGGAUUCAUCAGAAGAUGGUAAAAAGACCACACUUCGUGUCAUCAAUGAGGAAAAUGGUUUUCUUAACAACUCUGUAAUGAUCCUCACCUAUGCUCUCAUGAAUGAGGGAGUGACAGGUUUAAAAGAAUUAGCAUUUCUCCGAGAUCUGGCAGAACAAAACUCGGCAAAAUAUGGAGUUCCUGAUCGAACCGCUUUACCUGUGAUAAAAGGGAGCAUGAUGGUUCUGAACCAGCUGAGCAAUUUGGAAACCACAGUUGGCCGGUUUUAUACAAAUCUCCCAAACCACAUGGUUGAUGAAGCAGUGUUCAGUUUGCCCUUUUCAGAUGAAAUGGGAGAUGGUCUGAUAAUGACUGUAAGCAAACCUUGUUAUUUUGGAAACCUACUACUAGGAAUUGUUGGAGUGGAUGUUAAUCUUGCCUAUAUUUUGGAAGAUGUCACUUAUUACCAAGAUUCUUUGGCUUCCUACACAUUCCUAAUAGAUAAUAAAGGCUAUACCCUUAUGCACCCCUCCCUUACCAGACCCUACUUGCUUUCUGAACCACCGCUUCACACAGAUAUAAUACAUUAUGAGAAUAUUCCAAAAUUUGAGUUGGUUCGACAGAACAUCCUUAGCCUCCCUCUAGGCAGUCAGCUUAUUACUGUCCCGGUGAACUCCUCACUGUCUUGGCAUGUAAACAAACUGCGAGAAAUUGGGAAGGAAGCCUACAAUGUGAGCUAUGCUUGGAAAAUGGUUCAAGAUACAUCAUUCAUUUUGUGUAUUGUUGUGAUACAGCCAGAAAUACCUGUUAGACAACUUAAAAAUCUCAACACAGUACCCAGUAGCAAGCUGCUUUACCAUCGACUAGAUCUCUUGGGCCAACCCAAUGCUUGUCUGCAUUUCAAACAACUUGCAACCUUAGAAAGCCCUACGGUAAUGCUGUCUGCUGGUAGCUUCUCUUCUCCAUACGAGCAUCUGAGCCAGCCUGAGACGAAGAGGAUGGUGGAGCACUACACAGCAUAUCUUAGCGACAACACACGCCUCAUUGCCAACCCUGGUCUGAAAUUCUCUGUCAGAAAUGAAGUAAUGGCUACCAGUCACGUCACAGAUGAAUGGAUGACACAAAUGGAAAUGAGUAGCUUGAACAGUUACAUUGUCCGCCGUUACAUAGCAACGCCCAAUGGGGUGCUCAGAAUUUAUCCUGGUUCCCUCAUGGACAAAGCAUUUGAUCCCACUAGGAGACAAUGGUACCUCCAUGCUGUGGCAAAUCCAGGAUUAAUUACUUUCACUGGUCCCUACUUAGAUGUUGGAGGAGCUGGCUAUGUGGUUACCAUCAGUCAUACGGUUCAUUCCUCAAGUUCACAAAAGUCUUCAGGCCAUUCGGUUGCUGUGAUGGGCAUUGAUUUCACUCUGAGGUAUUUCUACAAGGUUCUAAUGGAGCUGCUACCUGUUUGUAACCAAGAUGAAGGGAAUAAAAUAAGGUGCUUUAUUAUGGAGGACAGAGGAUAUCUUGUGGCACACCCUACUCUUAUUGACCCCAAAGGCCAUGCUCCAGUAGAACAACAACACAUUACACACAAGGAACCUCUGGUGGCAAAUGAUAUUCUCAACCACCCAAACUUUGUGAAGAAAAACCUUUGUAACAGUUUCAGUGACAGAACAGUCCAGAGGUUUUAUAAAUUUAAUACCAGCCUGACGGGUGAUCUGACAAAUCUCGUGCACGGCAGCCACUGUUCCAAAUACAGGCUGACAAGAAUACCUGGAACCAAUGCCUUUGUUGGAAUCGUAAAUGAAACGUGUGACUCGCUUGCCUUCUGCGCAUGCAGUAUGGUAGAUAGGCUCUGUUUGAACUGUCACAGAAUGGAGCAGAACGAAUGUGAAUGUCCUUGUGAGUGCCCCCUAGAGGUUAAUGAGUGUACUGGCAACCUUACCAAUGCAGAAAGCAGAAAUCCUAGUUGUGAAGUCCACCAAGAACCUAUGACAUUUAUUGCUGUUGAUCCCAGUCUACAAGAUGCUCUUCCUCAAUGUAUUAAUACACGGUGCAAUCAAAGGAUGGAGAGCAGGGAUUGCUUUGGUGUCUUGGACUGUGAGUGGUGCAUGGUAGACAGCGAUGGAAAAACCCAUUUAGAUAGAUCCUACUGCGCUCCUCAGAAGGAAUGCUUUGGUGGAAUUGUGGGUGCCAAAAGCCCUUACGUGGAUGACAUGGGAGCCAUUGGAGAUGAGGUGAUAGCUUUAAAUAUGAUUAAAAGUGCUCCAGUUGGUCCUGUUGCUGGAGGUAUUAUGGGAUGCAUAAUGGUGCUGGUUCUGGCAGUCUAUGCCUAUCGUCAUCAGAUUCACCGCAGAAGCCACCAGCACAUGUCCCCACUUGCAGCACAAGAAAUGUCAGUCCGCAUGUCCAACCUGGAGAAUGAGAGGGAUGACGACAGUCACGAAGACAGAGGAAUCAUCAGCAACACCCGGUUUAUAGCAGCAGUUAUUGAGCGCCAUGCGCACAGCCCAGAACGUAGACGCCGCUACUGGGGACGCUCAGGAACGGAAAGCGAUCAUGGCUACAGUACUAUGAGUCCCCAGGAGGACAGCGAAAACCCUCCCUGCAAUAAUGACCCAUUGUCAGCUGGUGUAGACGUGGGCAAUCACGAUGAAGAUUUAGACCUGGAUACCCCUCCUCAGACUGCUGCCCUCUUGAGUCACAAGUUCCACCACUACAGGUUGCAUCACCCAGCACUUCAUCACAGUCACCACUUACAGGCUGCGGUCACAGUACAUACUGUAGAUGCGGAAUGCUAAUGGCCUCUGGCCUUGGGAGGGGAAAAAUGCAGCUGAGAGGAGACUUGACGUUUAUACCAUUACGAGGCAUGGUUUUGACUAACUUCAUUGGACUCGUUUCACAUGAAAACUUUACAUUUCCAAAAUGUAAGGUUGGCUCUGAAGUGGAAGAGAAAUUAGCAUGAUGAAUGAACCUGCCAUAACAUUCAAUAAAAUGGAAUAGUAGGAAUGUUCGGCCUCCAAACACAGGAAGGAAGGUUUAUACAGUAAACGGAGCCUUUUGAACCCUGUUGGUCUGAGCCAAGAAGAGAGUGUGCUCAGACAAAGGAGAGAGAAAGAGAGAGAGUUUAUUUCCUUAACUGGAAGAACAGAAAUCUUUGCAGCCAGAAACAAAGAAAGUGCCAGUUCCAGAAAUAGACAUUGCCACGAGGUUUCCAUUUGUUGAGGCUUUUUUGUGGGUUGUUUUUAAAGAACAAAAAAACGUUCCUUUCGCUUACAAAUUGCUGUAUGGGACCUGGGACAGUGCAUCUCAAGAUUUUUUUAAAUAAAGGAUUAUUUUUGUACUAUUUAUUGAACUCAAAACAUUCAUGAACUCUGAGGGAGAGGAAGAU